AUGUCGUCCUCGCAGGCUCCAGAGGACCAGCAGGGCGGCGGCGAUCCCCCCGGGGACCUCCGCAGCGUCCUGGUUACCAGCGUGCUCAACCUCGAGCCGCUAGACGAGGAUCUGUUCAGAGGAAGGCAUUACUGGGUACCCACAACCCAGCGGCUGUUUGGGGGUCAGAUCGUGGGCCAGGCCUUGGUGGCUGCAGCCAAGUCUGUGAGUGAAGACGUCCAUGUGCACUCUUUGCAUUGCUACUUUGUACGGACAGGGGACCCAAAGGUGCCGGUACUGUAUCAGGUGGAGCGGACGCGAACAGGGACGAGCUUCUCUGUGCGCUCCGUGAAGGCCGUGCAGCAUGGCAAGCCCAUCUUUAUCUGCCAGGCCUCCUUCCAGCAGGCACAGCCCAGCCCCCUGCAGCACCAGUUCUCCAUGCCCGCUGUGCCCCCACCGGAAGAGCUGCUUGACCAUGAGGCCCUCAUUGACCAGUAUUUAAGGGACCCCAACCUCCAAGAGAUGUACCGGGUGGGACUGAACCGAAUUGCUGCCAAGGAGGUGCCCAUUGAGAUCAAGCUGGUAAACCCACCGAUCCUGAGCCAGCUGCAGAGCAAGGAGCCCAAACAGAUGUUCUGGGUGCGAGCCCGGGGCCAUAUUGGGGAGGGCGACAUGAAGAUGCAUUGCUGUGUGGCUGCCUACAUCUCGGACUAUGCCUUCCUGGGCACAGCACUGCUGCCCCACCAGUGGCAGUGUAACGUGCACUUCAUGGUCUCUUUGGACCACUCCAUGUGGUUCCACAACCCUUUCCGAGCUGACCACUGGAUGCUCUAUGAAUGCGAGAGCCCCUGGGCUGGUGGCUCCCGGGGGCUGGUCCAAGGGCGGCUGUGGCGUCGGGACGGCAUCCUGGCUGUGUCCUGUGCUCAAGAGGGCGUGAUCCGAGUGAAGUCCCGGGUCUCAGAGAGCAAGCUGUAG